AUUAUGUUUAAGAAAGCUUGUAUAUACUACAACCGACCUGAAGGCUGUUGGAAAGGAGAAGAGUGCAAAUUUUUACACGGUGCUCCUAUUGAAAAUGACAGUCGUCGUCUAAAGGAAGUUUGUAAAUAUUUUAAAGAAGGUAGAUGUAGCUUUGGAGCUAAUUGCCGGAUGUCUCAUAAUCUGGAAAAUGAUAUCACUCUGAAUUCUACGUUUUUUGAUGCUCAAAGUAGUCAAUUUUGCAAUAGAACUGGAAACUUUUCCGUAAAUAACUGUUUUCCAAAGGCUGCCUUUUGUAGUGUUAUUGGUACUGAAAAGAAAAACACCCAGGAAGAAACUUAUUUAAAAAGCUUAGAAAACUUGAAGAAAGAAGUCACAACGCUCUAUCCGUCUUCUUUCGCUUUAUCAUGUUUUUCAAUCGGCCGUAACGAAUUUAAUUUGCUUGAAGGAGAUAUGUCUUUGGAUGAGUUAAGAUGGGCCUACACUCAAUCUUUUCAGCAAAGUUCCACUCAAGAAGUGAACCAAAAGAUUCAAAAUGCACGAGCUAGGAUUAACACUCUUCGUGCUGAAAUCGCUAGUAAUCCUUCCAAAUUUUUAAGAAAUGAAGUUGAGAAAGAUUUAAACUCUUUUUCUACACCUUUUAAUUGUUUUAGGAAAACAACUAUCCCACAAGUAGUGACGAUAAAAGUAAUUUAG